CCCAUCCAUCCAGGGACAAAAUUAUUGCUGGUGGCCGCAUGUGUGUGGAAGACGACGAGCGUGAAGCUGCUAAUUGGGCAAAGAAAAAUGGCGAGCUACAGUGUAAAUAACCGUGUUGCUUUAAUUUCAGUUGACAAUCCACCUGUUAAUGCACUGAGCCACCAUGUCCGUCAAGGUAUAAUGGAUGGUUUAAAGAAAGCAAGGGAGGAUUCCAGCGUCCAAGCUGUGGUAUUGUGUGGUUCUGGACGAACGUUUCCUGCCGGAGCUGACAUCACAGAAUUUGCAUCUGGACUUGCUUCCAAGGAACCAGAUUUGCGAUUAGUUUGCAAAACAUUAGACAGUUUCCCAAAGCCUGUGGUUGCAGCUAUACACGGAACAGCUCUCGGUGGCGGGCUUGAACUUUGUUUGUCAACCCACUACAGACUGGCUUUGAAGUCGGCCAGGGUUGGUUUUCCUGAAGUGCAUCUGGGAUUGUUACCUGGGGCAACAGGUACUCAAAGACUACCACGUGUCACACACCUUGCAAAUGCGAUAGACAUUAUUGUAUCUGGACGUCAAGUGGGUGCUACUGAGGCAUAUGAUCUAGGAAUUAUUGAUGAGGUAUUUGGUGGCGAUAUGCUUCCUAAAGCACUUGAGUUUGCUCAGUCGAUUGCUGGCAGGCCUCUUGCUCCCAGAAGAGUUAGUAGCUUGCCCGUGAAAGGACGUGAACAAGCUUCAGCUAUAUUUGAAGAGGCUAGGCAGAAGACAAUGAGUCGGUCGGUCGGUGGUGCCUUGGCCCCAAUCACUUGUAUCCAGGCUAUCCAAGCAGCCGUUGAGCAACCCACCUUUGAAAAAGGCCUUCAAAGAGAAGCAGAACUGAUGCAGUUUUUGGGAGAAUCUGGCCAAGCGAGGGCCCAGCAAUAUGCUUUCUUUGCUGAAAGGAGUGUAUCCAAGUGGCAACUGCCUAGUGGUGUAAGCUACAAGACAGCCAAGCCGAUGCCUGUAAAGACUGCAGCUGUGAUUGGUGCAGGCACCAUGGGUAUUGGAAUAAGCAUGGCCCUCAUCUCCAGUGGCAUUCAAGUCUUCUUAACAGAACAAAAUAAAGAGUAUCUUGACAGAGGUGUGAAGACAUUGAGGGGACUGAUAUCUUCUGGGGUAAAACGUAAGCGAUUAACUGAAGUACAGGCCAAAGGCUUGAUGUCUCUUCUUACACCUGUUCUGGACUACAAAAGCUUCAGUCAUGUCGAUCUUGUGAUUGAAGCUGUUUUUGAAAACAUGGAACUUAAAAAGAAGAUUUUCAGGAAACUUGACUCAAUCUGUAAUCCAUCUACUAUCCUCGCUAGUAACACAUCUACUUUAAAUAUUGAUGAGAUUGCAUCUGUGACAGCAAGGCCUGACAAGGUAGUUGGUAUGCAUUUUUUUUCUCCAGCUCAUGUUAUGCGACUGCUAGAGAAUAUAUACGGCAAAAAAACAUCACCAGAGACCAUAGCUACUGCUAUGCAUGUUGGACAGAAGAUUAAAAAGAUUAGUGUUUUGGUUGGUAACUGUCAUGGAUUUGUUGGAAACAGACUGAUGGGGCCAUACCAAAAAGAGGCUUGCUUUUUGCUGGAGGAAGGCUGUUUUCCACAGGAGGUUGAUCAAGUACUGAAGGUUUUUGGAUUUCGCAUGGGAAUUUUUGAAACUACAGAUUUAGCAGGCCUUGAUAUUGGUUAUAAAAUUAGAAAGGAAUUAGGAUUAGUCGGUGGAGAUGGACCAGAGCGUAUGCGCAUGAGGGAACGGUACUCGCCUCUUGCUGAUAGACUUGUGGAGGCUGGAAGGCUUGGACAAAAAACAGGUAAAGGAUGGUAUGACUACGGCAAACCAGGUGGGCGUGUCAGCAUGAAGGACCCAGAUGUGGAAGACAUGAUUGUUAACUUUUCAAAGAAACAUGGUAUCAAACGGCGACGAAUUCCCCCACAGGAAAUUUUUGAAAGAAGUUUGUACUCACUGAUCAAUGAAGGUUUUAAGGUUCUGGAGGAAGGAAUAGCAUCAAGAGAUGAGGAAGUUGACAUUAUCUGGAUCUAUGGUUAUGGUUGGCCAAGGCAUAUGGGUGGACCAAUUUACUACGCAAAGCAUAUGGUUGGCUUGCCAAAAGUCUAUGAGAGGAUCUGUUAUUACCAUUCCAUAUACAAGGAUAGUAGACACUGGGUUCCAAGUACCUUGCUUAAGAAGAUGGCAUCACAGCAAACAUCAAGCAAACUCUGAAUACCAAACAACUCAAGCUUCGUAGAAGAAAUUUUAUAUAAUUUUAUAUGUAAAUUACUCGAUGAGUUAAAAUUAUUUAUAAAUAGGUAUCUGAAUUAUAAAUGCUCAGAUAAAGAAUAUUUAUGAUUGAUAAUAAACAAUGGUGCUAAAGGCAAGCCAAUUAAUCUAUCAAUAUAAGGAUAGAUAUAUGAGAAAUUAUUUGAUUCAGUUGGGUGUAAUUUGUGUGUUUUUGAUGAAAAUACUUUAUAAAAACAUAAAUAAGGAUGAGUCUGAAUUUCUUAGAAUUGAAAUGAAAGGCCAUAAAUACAGGUAGCAAAACAUUGCAUUUAGAACAUUUUAGCCUUUGUAGGCACCCACCCAAUAAAUAAUAAUAAUAAAUAUCACAUUGUGAUAAAAUCGUUAAGGGUAUGACACAUCUUCUUUUCUUAAGGAAAUUGUGGUCAUUCAAUGUUGAUACAUGUAUAGUGUCCCUUCUGUUUCGAAAUUAUGCACGGUUUGGUGGUUUAAGAAAUAUAGACUGUAACAGAAUACAAUAUAUUAUGAAUCAGACUGGAAAAAAAUUCUAACUAAAAACAGGCAACUCGAUGGUUAAAGGUUAAACUCAGAAACCUGUAGAACAAAUAGAUAACUCAACUCAUUCAUACCACUAUCCAUUAGAAUUCUUAAUCAUAAUAAUAUCAAAUAAGUUUUGUAUAAUUUUGAUUCCUGAAAAGGACACAAAUAAAGAAAUCUUUAAUCUUA